AUGGCGGUGAUGGCAGGAUCCCUGUACAUUGUGGCUGCAAUCGUUUGUGUAAAUGGUAUUGAAAACGCCACCACCGCCCCAAAUGAAAACAUCACCAGUCCUGGCUUUCCCCGCAUUGAAAACGCCACCACCGCCCCAAAUGAAAACAUCACCAGUCCUGGUGUCACCCUUGCUACCAGUGAAACCAUAACUAGUACUGGGAAAGGAAGUACCACUCCUGAUUUAACAUUAACCACACAUUCUACCUCUCCGUCAGAUUGUGGGCAAGCCCCUCUGAACAGCCGGAUUGUGGGUGGAGAGGGCGCCCCUUCUGGCAAUUGGCCCUGGCAGGUUAGCAUCCAUUACCAUGACUAUGACUAUGACUAUGACUAUGACCAUGUAGGACAACACAUCUGUGGAGGGACUCUCAUCAACAACCAGUGGGUGCUAACUGCUGCCCACUGCUUGAGAAGCACUUAUCCCCCCUGGUACACAAUCUACCUGGGCAGGCAGACCCAGAAUAUCACUGCCAACCCUAAUGAAGUCCAGCGUUCUGUCCAGUCAAUCAUCACUCAUCCUGACUACUAUUAUGAGCCAUUUGCUAAUGACAUUGCUCUAAUGAAGCUGCGUACACCAGUCACUUUCACCGAGUAUAUCAGACCCGUCUGCCUGUCAUCCAACAAUAGCACUUUCCACAAUGCCACCACCUGCUGGGCUACUGGCUGGGGCUCUGAGAACCUUGCAGAGCCCCGUCUAUCUCUUCAGACACUGCAGGAAGUGGAGCUUCAGGUAGUGGGGAACAAAGAGUGUGCCUGCAAGGUUAACGACCUUCAGCCCACUAUGAUCUGUGCUGGAGGGAAGGAGGGCAAAGCUGUUUGUCAUGGAGAUUAUGGAGGUCCCCUGCAGUGCAAACAAGGCUCCGUGUGGGUGCAGGCUGGUGUUACCAACUAUGGGGUCCCAUGUGGAACUGGUACAGCCCCAGAUGUCUAUGCCCGUGUUUCUGCAUUCCAGACUUGGAUCAUGGAGAAUGUGGGAGAUGGACCAGGUCUUGGCUUUGUGAAAUUCACCUCCAAUGGCAUGGACACAGACAAUGAUUUCACCUGCAUCAGUCAGAACAGUAAAGACAGCGAUGCUUCAGUAAAGUUUAUUGUCUCGUCUCUAGUUUGUGGCACAGCUCCUCUCAGUAGCAGGAUAGUUGGAGGACAGGAUGCCUCUGCAGGGAGCUGGCCAUGGCAGGUCAGCCUCCAGAGACGAUAUGGUCAAGUGUGUGGAGGUUCCCUCAUCAACAAGGAGUGGGUGCUGUCUGCUGCUCACUGCUUCAGCAGUGCUAGCACAAGCUGGUGGACCAUCCAUCUGGGUCGACAGUCUAUGUACGGUCGGAACCCAAAUGAAGCGUCUAGAACCGUGGCUGAGAUAAUUCUACAUCCUGGGUAUGAUGCUUCCACAAAUGAGAAUGACAUGGCUUUGCUCAGGCUGAGUAGCGCUGUCUCCUUCACCAACUACAUUAGACCCGUCUGUCUGGCAGCCAGCGGCAGCAUUUUUCCCCAGGGCACAGAAAGCUGGGUCACUGGCUGGGGAAACAUCAGAGAAGGAGAGUCUCUUCCAUACCAAGGGGUUCUUCAGGAAGUGGAGGUUCCUGUGGUUGACAACAGACUGUGUGAUGAGCUCUUAACAUUUACAAGAAUUACAGACAACAUGAUAUGCGCUGGGCUUCCUGAAGGAGGGAAAGACUCUUGCCAGGGUGACUCGGGUGGUCCAAUGGUGCACAAACAGGAUUCUGCAUGGGUCCAGUCUGGGGUGGUUAGUUUUGGGAUGGGCUGUGCUCGACCUAAGUUACCUGGAGUCUACGCCAGGGUAUCCCGUUAUGAAGACUGGAUCAAAUCCCACAUCAGAAGUGACCCACCAGGCAUCGUCCAGGUCAUCACCACUACUCCACUGCUUCCAGCUUCCACCACAGCCAAACCUUUACCCUUACCCAAAGCCCUACAGGAAGUGAAGGUUCCUGUGGUGGGAAAUGACAUUUGCAGUAGCCUCCUGGAACCUGUAGCACUAACUGACAACAUGAUGUGUUCUGGCCUACUGGACGGAGGGAAGGACACAUGUCUGAAAGACUCUGGAGGUCCAAUGAUGAACAAACAGGACUCUGUGUGGAUCCAGUCUGGGGUGGUUAGUUUUGGGCUUGGCUGUGGCCGAUCCGGGCUACCUGGAGUCUACACCAGGGUAUCCCGUUAUCAGGACUGGAUAAAAUCCCACAUCAGCAGUGACCCACCUGGCUUUGUGCGGUUUGUCCCCUCCCGCGUCGCACCUGCACCAACAACCCGCACUCCAGCCACAUCUCCAGCCGCUGCUGCCAACAGCUCUGACGUGCAGAUGGAUGUUUAUCUGUAA